AUGAAAGCAACAAAAGUUCAUUCUGGCAAGAAGACAACAUGUUUAGCUUGGCUAGAUCAACAUCCACCUCGAUCCGUCAUCUAUGUUUCCUUCGGUAGUUUGGCAGUUAUGGACCAAAACCAAUUUAACGAAUUCGCCUUAGGACUUGACCUCGUGAACAAGCCUUUUCUUUGGAUUGUUCGUCCAAGUAAUGACAACAAGGUAAACUAUGCAUACCCAGAUGAAUUUGUUGGAACCAAAGGGAAGAUUGUUGGUUGGGGACCGCAGAAGAAGAUAUUGAACCAUCCGUCUGUAGCAUGUUUCAUUAGUCAUUGUGGCUGGAAUUCUACUAUAGAAGGUGUUCAUUGCGGUGUACCUUUCUUGUGUUGGUCAUUUUACGGUGAUCAAUUUGUUAACAAGUCAUAUAUUUGUGAUGCGUGGAAGGUUGGACUUGAACUAGACAAAGAUGAAAAUGGUUUAACGUCAAGAGAAGAGAUAAAGAAGAAGGUGGAGGAGUUGCUUGGAGAUCAAGGAAUACAAGAAAGGUCCUUGAAGCUUAAGGAAUUGACAUUGGAUAACAUAGUAGAAGAAGGCCACUCUUUAAGGAAUCUCCAAAACUUCAUCAAUUGGGCUAAGUAG